UUCAAUUUGCCUUUUGGUAUUUGUACAGCUCUGUGAAUUUCUUCUGAGAAUUUUACGAAAGUAUUACUUACUUCUAUUUAUACAUAAAACUCUGAAAACUUUAAGAAGACAGAAUGCCAGCGGACCCAUCAGAAGAAAUGGCCACUCCUCAGGUCCCCAAAACCGAGCUAGAAGAGCUGCAAAUUAGUGCGCAAGGCGUAGCUGAUGAGUCCCUGGAAAGUACGAGACGUAUGCUUGCUCUCUGCGAAGAGAGCGCGGAAGUUGGAAUGCGAAGCAUUGUAAUGCUGGAUGAGCAAGGAGAACAACUGGACCGCAUUGAAGAAGGAAUGGAUCAAAUUAAUGCUGAUAUGAGAGAAGCUGAAAAAAAUUUAAGUGGAAUGGAAAAAUGCUGCGGCAUUUGUGUCCUUCCAUGCAAUAAAAGCCAAUCCUUUAAAGAAGAUGAUGGAACCUGGAAAGGUAAUGAUGAUGGAAAAGUUGUGAAUAAUCAACCACAAAGAGUUAUGGAUGAUAGGAAUGGAAUGAUGGCACAAGCGGGAUAUAUUGGCAGGAUAACGAAUGAUGCUAGAGAGGAUGAAAUGGAAGAAAACAUGGGCCAAGUAAACACAAUGAUAGGAAACCUCCGUAACAUGGCUUUGGAUAUGGGUUCUGAGCUGGAAAAUCAAAACCGUCAAAUUGACAGAAUUAAUCGAAAGGGUGAAUCUAAUGAAGCGAGAAUAGCUGUUGCUAAUCAAAGGGCCCAUCAACUAUUAAAAUAAUGAGAUUAUAAGGCGGCGAAUAUAUAUUCAUAAACAAUUCAAUAAUAUUUAUUCUGAUUUUUACGUGUGCUAUUAAAAAACAUUAUUCACGGAUUCCAGUCACCUAUUUGUGCUCCGAAAGUUAUAAACAACUUCUACAUGUAAUGAAAAUAUGCUAUAACUACCCAAAAGAGAUAAAAAACAUUCCAAUUUUAUUUUAUUGCAUAAUUUUAUAAUAUUUAAAUUCGAUUAAUGUUUGGCACUAUAGCUCCAACUUCGAUCAACUGGUCCGACUAAUAGGAUUAGUAGGAUUAUUAAUACUUACGGUUUGGUCAGUUGACCCUUGCUAUCGGGGGUGCCACAGAAAUCGCUUAGCGCUGUAUUGGAGUUUGUUUCUUAUGUUCAUCAAUUUACAAUUUUUUAUGGCUUCAGCGCCAAUCGAUUAUCGUGGCAGCCCUGUAUAUGUGUUAAGGUUGAAUUUAUUAAUCCUUAUAUAUAAUUUAAAAGUAAAAGAAAGUAUAACUAUUUUUAAUAAAUUAAAUGUACGUAAAGUGAUAUGUUUUUUUUUAAUAUAAAAUAAACUGGAGCAGAACGAAUUUCAGAAAUCUUUUCGGGUGAAACUCGAGGUGAACUCAUACGUAAAUCAACACAAGUUCCUUUUAAACCCGAAGAGAUUUCUGUGUUACCCUUCGUAGUGGGUAUUUUGCGUGUUGUGUACUUAAAAUAUUCAACCUUGUACAAGUUUAAAUUAAAUUACCUUAAGCUGGUAUUAUAUCGUAGAUCGUUUGCAAUCUCCUGUCUACACGCUGCAAAACUUAAAAAAAACUUGUCAGUUUAUAUGCUGCAAUGAAUCAGAGUAACAUUUUAAUAGCUUGGUUAUUGCUACCAGCUUUGAGAGAGCGUGUAAAAAGGAAAUGUGUGGUGAACAUGACAAGCCUGAAAGGCUUCCGAUGCACCAUAAUUUUAAUUUUCAUAAUUUUAAAGCUGUAUAGGUUUUUGAUCAUUCUAGAUUUUCAUUGAGAACUAAGCUACUAAGUUUUAAUUAUUAGGUAUCAAGCAAUGUAAGUUGAUAAAAAAUUUUAAAAAGUACACAACUUUUUGGUACAUCAGUUACAUAAAUAUAGUUUAAGUAAAAGCACAACAAAUUAUUAUAUAAAAAAUCAUCAAUCAAAUUAACACUAACAUACCUUCUUAUAAAGUCUGGUACUAGUAACAUUUUUUGCUCACUUCAAAAUGUUAUUAAUUCCUUUUGCGUGUUAGGAUAUUUUUUAAUUAAAAUAAUCAAAAAAGAAUCAAAUGUAUGAAUUGAAAUAAAUUAUCGGUCUACA